GUCGGUUGUCCUCGCGCAUCUCACUCGAGCUUCGAAAUAGUGAUCGGUUCUAAACUAUGCUGAAAUUUAAUUGAAACUGUAUAAAUGUUAAGCGGCCCGCAAAUCCGCGUCGUGUAAUGAAAAUCAAAGUACAUAAAUAUAAAAUUAAAUGUCGUAAAUAAAAAAAAUAAUACCAUCAGGACGCAUAAAAUAUGUAUAUUUGAAUGUGUGCAACGACGCGACUCGCGAGGCGACAAAGCGAAAUUUAAGAAACGUGCCACAUUAAAUAUUUAAGCAACUCAGAAAGCCGACAAAAGUAUAAGACGGAGAACACAGAGCUUGAUCCAACCAUCAAUGUCAGCCGAGUGAAGCCUAAGGAAGUGACCCCCACCCAGCGCCAAGAUGUACGGACUGCUCCUGGAGAAUCUCUCCGAGUACAUUAAGUCUGUCUACGGCGAGGAGAAAUGGGAGGACAUCCGACGUCAGGCCGGCAUCGAUUCGCCCUCGUUCAGCGUGCAUCAGGUCUACCCCGAGAACCUGCUCCAGAAGUUGGCCAAAAAGGCGCAACAGGUCCUGGGCGUCUCGGAGCGAGAGUUCAUGGACCAGAUGGGCGUCUACUUCGUGGGCUUCGUGGGUCAGUAUGGCUACGAUCGCGUCCUCUCCGUGCUGGGUCGCCACAUGCGCGACUUCCUCAACGGCCUGGACAACCUGCACGAGUACCUGAAGUUCUCUUAUCCGCGGAUGAGAGCCCCCAGCUUCAUCUGCGAGAACGAGACGAAGCAGGGUCUGACCCUGCACUAUCGCUCCAAGCGUCGGGGGUUCGUCUACUACACAAUGGGUCAAAUCCGGGAGGUGGCGCGGUAUUUUUACCACAAGGAGAUGCACAUCGAGCUGGUGCGGGAGGAGAUCCUCUUCGACACGGUCCACGUCACCUUCCAACUGACCUUCGAUAACCGGGCCUUUACCCUGGCAUCCUUGGCGAUGACGCGGGAGGAGAAACACCUGCCCAUCAGCGCACACGUGCUCUUCGAGAUAUUUCCCUUCUGCAUGGUAUUUGGUGCCGACAUGGUAGUGCGCAGUAUCGGAAACUCUUUAAUGGUGAUUUUGCCAGAGCUCUUGGGGAAAAAAAUCACGGCCUGGUUCGAUUUGGUUCGUCCUCUAAUUGCAUUCAAAUUCCAGACUAUACUCAAUCGCACAAAUAACAUAUUUGAGCUGGUGACUGUGGACCCAGUAACGGAGAGAUUCGACGUUCAAAAUGAGGAUUUACUUACCCAUGAAGAUGGCAGUGAGCCGGAGAAGUCUUUGAGAUUGAAAGGUCAAAUGGUUUACAUGGAGAACUGGCGCAUGAUCAUGUUUCUGGGUACCCCCGUAAUGCCCGAUCUGACCUCCCUGAUAACCACUGGCCUGUAUAUCAACGAUCUAUCCAUGCAUGACUUUAGCAGAGAUCUCAUGCUGGCGGGUACUCAACAAUCAGUGGAACUUAAGUUGGCCCUGGAUCAAGAACAGCAGAAGUCCAAGAAACUGGAGGAGUCCAUGAGAUUGUUGGAUGAGGAGAUGAGGAGAACAGAUGAGCUGCUCUAUCAGAUGAUACCCAAACAGGUGGCUGAUCGCCUCCGAAGGGGUGAAAAUCCCAUUGAUACUUGUGAGAUGUUUGAUAGUGUCUCUAUCCUGUUCUCGGACAUCGUUACCUUCACGGAGAUCUGCAGCAGAAUUACUCCCAUGGAGGUGGUGUCCAUGCUGAAUGCCAUGUACUCCAUAUUCGACAAGCUGACGGAGAGGAACUCUGUUUACAAGGUGGAAACCAUUGGGGACGCUUACAUGGUGGUGGCGGGGGCCCCGGAUAAGGAUGCCAAUCACGCCGAGCGAGUCUGUGAUAUGGCCCUGGACAUGGUGGAUGCCAUAACCGAUCUCAAGGAUCCCUCCACGGGCCAGCAUUUGAGGAUACGUGUGGGUGUCCACUCAGGCGCCGUGGUGGCGGGCAUUGUGGGGUUGAAGAUGCCCCGUUAUUGCCUAUUUGGUGACACCGUAAACACCGCCUCUCGAAUGGAGUCCACGAGCAUCGCCAUGAAGGUGCACAUCUCGGAGUCCACGAAGGUUCUCAUCGGUCCCAACUACAAGAUCCUUGAGCGUGGCGAGAUUGAUGUGAAGGGCAAGGGAACCAUGGGCACGUAUUGGCUGGAGGAGCGCGAGAACAGGCUGCCCUUGCAGGUGACGGCGGCUCUGCAGGCUUUUCCGAUCUCCCCGGUUCCGGCACCGACGAACCCCAAGGCCAUAAUGCCGCCGGGAUCCAAGCCGGUGACUCCACUGACGCCCGUUUCCAUAACGAUGGGGGUUGCGAGUCCUGCCCCUGCUGUUCCUACAGUGGAUGUGAUGGCUCCUUCGUCCACCAUAUCCGGUUUGGCUAUUACAGCAGCUGCUGCGGCUCACAUGUCGCUUCACCACCAGGCCGUGGUGGCGGACGGGUUAAGUGGAAACUCAGGCGCUGGGGGAUCGGCGGCAGAUAUGGGACCUUCAGUUUCCGGAGGAGCAGCAGGAGCAACCGGAGGAGCAGGCGCACCUUCCGAUGACCGCAACAGUCGCAUCUACUCACCCGUAACCUUCAAAGAUGUGGCUCGUCGCAGCGUGGCCAACUCCCCAGUGAGAGGCAAUGCAGGCUACUCCCAUGCGGACCAGGAGAAACGUCGCGAAUCUCGUUCGAACUCCACUGGACAUGUGUUUAUGCGAACUCCCUCUGACAUAUUUGGCUCCCUCAUCCUGGACACCGAGGAAUUCCUCGAGGACCUGCAAAUCUCGCGUAGCUCUCUGUCCAACAACAACAACAAUCCGCCCGAUUGUGGCUUCAGUCAAACUCCGCCAUUCCGAAUUGGCAGUGCACCACCAAAACCGAGGCCCAGUAAUCCGGAUAAGUUCACGCCGGAGGAACUGGCCGCCAUGGAUCAGCUGACGCCGCCUUCGACAGCCCCGGCCAGAGAAACGGCCACCUGCAGCAGUGCAUCCUUGGAUCGCGACAAGGCCACAAAGCUCAAAAAAAUUACCUUCUCCAACAGCAGCAGCCUGGAUGCAACUACUCCCACUGCGGUGGCUGCCAAGGUGUGUCCCAUGCGUUCGAAGUCGCCACCAAUGACGCAACCACCGGCGGUCCAGAUGGUCCAGGCAAGUACCAGCAAGAGUGACACCAACCGACCGGGCUCCAAGGACUCGGUCUCGUCCAUUUCCCUGCACUCACCUCCUCCACAUCGAUCCAAUUCGGCGCCAGCUAGACCCCAUUCGAUGUCCAAGGCGGCGCGAAAGGCCUUCCUGGCCGCCAAGCAGACCAAGGCCAUGGAAAAGCUGGACAAGAUGAUCGAGGAGGUUCAUGAAGUGGAGUCCCAGUCGGCGACAAAGGCGGCCAACAUGCGGCUUGCCCUCUUUGGACAUGAUGGGGGUGGUGGCGACAUGGCCGCCGGUGGUUGUCCACUUUUCCUCCCACCACCGCCUCAGCAGCAACAGCGCCUCAUGCCCAUGCCCAGCUCCAUCUCGGACUCCGGCCUCUGCAGUCAUGGCCAUAGCCAUGCGCCCAGCUGCCAUCACCUGGAGCCGAAGAUGACCAACAGCCAGAGUUUCCAGCACUCUCCACGAGGUGGGAUAACCCAUCAGUGCUGCAGCGGCUUCGGACACGGAAAUGGACGUCACUCGCACCGGAUGCACUCGAACGCCUGCCGAAUUCUGUAGAGGAUCCAGCAGGCAGCACCACCACAUCAUCCAUAUCAUGUAUACUGACUCUGAUUCUGCUCACUGUUCCCGAUGCUUUUCGGUGUAUUUACGAUAACUAGUCAGCAAUUAUUAGGAUUUAGUUAGUUGUUGAAUCUCAUAGUGUAUAGCCUAGAAUAGUUAAAGAAUGUACCUAUAUGUUAUGUAUACCCAGACUAUAGCUAGUCAAGCAGGGCUUUAAAACUCGGCAAAUCAGUGUCUAAAUAUGCUAAGAAUCUGUAUAAACUGUUGGCACUCUAUAUACCAUAUACUUGUGUGCUUUAAUCAAAAGAUUUCAAAUUUCUUGACCUCUAAAUAUGACAAUACCAACAGGAAUCCAACUACAAAGGGAAGACAUUUUCCCUACAUUUUCAUGAAACCACCUGAGGCAGAGUUUGCUCACAAAAUAAACUAAACCUAUUAUAUAUGUAUUAUAAAAUCUCUAUAUAUUUGUAGUAGUUAAAUGGUUAAGUAGAUUUUAUGUGGACACGAAUACUAAAUAAAUAUUUCCAAAAGAAUUCAGAGUUGCAUAUUUUCUAAAUGUUUUAUCUAAAGGUCCAACAAACUCGUUGCUUGCGAUUUGUUAACGCUAUCAAAAUCUAAAAGCUCAGAAAAUUAAAUAAAUAUUCCAUAAAAUAUCUACUUCCUCAAUUGAAUUUCUAUAUGAUUCAGUGGUUUCGUUUAAAAUACAUUUAUUUUUGCAUUUCAGAAAAUGGUACAUCCAUUAAAAUUAAGAGAUCUUAGGUUGACGUUUUCAGAACUAUAAAUCAGCAAGAUUUAUAUCUUUCUUUUUAGUAGUUUCAAAAUAAAUGCAUUCACUUUGUUUCUUCUUUAAACCAAGUGCAUAUAGGACUGUGAGAAGUGAGACA